AUGAUUAAUUCACAACUAAUUCAAUUAUUAAUAUUCAUAUCUCUACCUUUCCUUAUUGACAAAGGUCGGGAAUACAUGAGAAAGCGUGAACUGAAUCACAACAAUUCAAAAAGACAAAGAACAAUAUUUGAUCUUUUAAUUAUAUAUCUUUUGGCAUUUACGAUUUUGAUUCAGAUUUAUUAUGCUAUCUGGUCACCACCUCCUAAUAUUUUUAAAUCGGGUAAUAUUUCACCUAGCGCUUCACCCAGUAUUAUACGUACAUUCCUUUUGACAAAAAAUUCACAGUUAACGCCCACAGAUAACCUUCUGCUAGAGAAACUUUCAUCUCUUGAAAACCGGCUGAUCUAUGCAGCUUACGGACAAGAAGCUUUACUUGAAUGUAAUUAUUGUAAAAGCGUUACAGAUUAUUCCAUGUUUAUUGUUCCUAACAUGGUUUGGUCUUAUGUUAUGAUGCUUACGGUACUUGGAAUUUCUACUAUGACUAAACGUAAAUCACAUUGGAGGAUUUAUGGAGUAAUAUUUCUUAUUGGAUGUGGAUUUACUGAACUCUACACUUUAUUAACAACGGACAUUAGAAAAAACGCGGCACAAGGUGUUAUAGAAUUUUUGUAUAACAACACAGAUUAUUAUAGAAGAAUGGCAUUUGCAGGAUUAUCUCUUGCAGUACUUCUCUUUAAUAAAGCAGAUGAAAGAUCAGAUAUGGAGAUGAUACAAGAAAUUAAAAGAAAUCAAGAAAUCAUAAUACAUUGUAUUAAAGCAACGGAUCUUCAACGUGGAGCUGUGUUGAGGGAUAACAAUCUAAGAAAGAUUUUUGAAGAUUUUUAUAAAAAAAGAGAGACGGAAGAGAAUGUUGUUGUUAUGGACCAGGGGUACAAAGCAGCCAGGAACAAAACUUUGGGUAAAAUGAAUAUGGUGAAGUUGUUAAAGGAUGCAGAAGUUUAUGUUAAUAGCAUUACCAGGAUGAAGGAAGUUGAUAAUGAAUUAGUUGAUGGGAUACAGAGCUCUGCCACAGCUGGAAACGAAUAA